CCACCUGUAGACUACGCCUGAUGACGCUCCCACAUUAGCAAACCACACUCACUCCUCUCUCUCUCUCUCUCCCCUCUCCGUUACAACCUUGGCGUUGUUCUCGGAUGGCGUCUAAGAAGGGUAAAGAGGUCGCCGGCGAGGAAUCAUCGGGGAAGAGGAAGCGCGGCGGCGGCAACGAGAAGGCCGGCAGCGGUCGCCGGAAGAGGAACAACCGCGGCGUUCUCCAGUUCUUCGACGACGACGCGUACGAGCUCGAGGAGGACGAGGACGAGUCCAGCGACGACAGUGACCUCGACGAGGAUGGCUUCCUGGAAGAUGAAUUUAAAACAACUGACAAAGGCAAAAAUGAUUUUGGAAAAGACCAUCAGUUUCCACUUUUUCCCAAAGAGGAGGAGAUGAGUGAGGAAGAACUGGAAAAAAUGAUGGAAGAGCGUUACAGACCAGGUGCCAGUUUCGUUACGUAUGCAGAAGAUGCAUACGGGUCUAAAAGACCAAUGGAUGUAGAUGCAGUCAUAGCUUCUUCCAGGGAACCUACCAUCUGGAAAAUUAAAUGCAUGGUUGGACGUGAGAGGCAUUCUGCUUUCUGCCUGAUGCAGAAGUUUGUGGACUUGGUUGCCCUUGGAACCAAGUUGCAGAUAAUUUCUGCAUUUGCGCUAGACCAUGUGAAGGGCUUUAUUUACAUCGAAGCAGAAAGGCAAAACGAUGUUAAUGAGGCAUGCAAAGGUCUCUGUUCUAUAUAUUCGAGCCGGGUGACACCCGUCCCAAGUAAUGAAAUUUCUCAUUUGCUCUCUGUGCGAAGCAAAUACAAUGAAGUGUCAGUGGGCACUUGGGCCCGGGUGAAGAGUGGGAAAUAUAAAGGGGAUCUAGCACAGGUCGUAUCUAUAGAUGAUGCACGGAAGAAAGCUACAGUGAAGCUGAUACCUAGAAUUGAUCUACAAGCAUUGGCUGAAAAAUAUGGUGGAGGAGUUGCGUCCAAAAAGACGGCUAAGGGUGGAGGCAUUGCUUCCAAGAAAACGGCUACACCAACACCUAGAUUGAUCAGCUCUACUGAACUUGAGGAGUUCCGGCCUCUCAUGCAAUAUAGGCGUGACCGCGAUACUGGCCAAGCUUUUGAGGUUCUUGACGGGAUGAUGCUCAAAGAUGGUUACUUGUACAAAAAAGUAGCAAUUGACUCAUUAAACUUCUGGGGUUUAAUACCUUCUGAAGAUGAACUCCUGAAGUUUGAGCCUUGUAAGAAAGAAGAACCUGAUUCUCAAGAGUGGCUUACCCAGCUUUUUGGUGAGAAAAAGAAGCGCACAAGGUGUGAAAAUGGUGGUGGGAAUGACAAAGUUGGUGGGAAGGACAAAGGUGGUGGGAAAGGAGAGGGUUCAUCAAGCGCUGGCACAGCAAGUAGUUUUGAAGUGCAUGAUCUUGUGGUUUUUGGGCGGAAGGAUUUUGGUGUUAUUGUAGGCACGGAGAAAGAGGAUUAUUUCAAGAUUUUGAAGGAGGGUUCAGAAGGACCAGUGGUGGUGUCUAUUGAACUGCGUCAGUUGAAGAAUGCAUCCUUUGAUAAGAAGUUUCACGCCUUAGAUCACCGCAUGAAGACAAUAUCAGUAAAUGAUACAGUCAGGAUUUUACAGGGCCCAUUGCAGGGUCGUCAAGGGAUUGUUAAGCAAAUUUAUAGAGGAAUAAUCUUUUUAUAUGAUGAAAAUGAACAGGAAAAUGGUGGUUUCAUCUGUUGUAAAUCUCAGAUCUGCGAGAAAACUAAACUUUCUGUCGAUGCAUGUAAAGGAAAGGAAGAUGAAUCAGGGUUCCAAGGCUUUGAAGAUAUCUCGUCAUCUCCUAAAUCCCCUCUAUCCCCUAAAAAGGCUUGGCAAGCUAGUGAAAAGAGCAGCAAUUUCAACCGAGAUGAUAAAGAUGGAAUGUUCUCUAUUGGCCAGUCCUUAAGAAUUAGAGUAGGUCCUCUUAAGGGAUAUCUCUGCCGCGUAUUGGCUGUGCGUCGUUCUGAUAUCACUGUAAAGCUUGAUUCUCAGCAGAAAAUUCUUACAGUUAAAAGUGAACAUCUUGCUGAGGUUCGUGGGAAGAGUUCUGCCAUUUCCAUGGGUGAUGACGUGGACUCUGCAAAGCCAUUUGAUCUUCUUGGAACUCAAGAUGGCUCGACAGAUUGGAUGGGGGGAGCAGGAACGUCAGUAGAGGGCGAUAGAUGGGGUGCUGGAGGGCUGUCUACAGAAAGGAGUUCUUGGCCUGCUUUCCCAUCUUCAGGUUUUACGAUUCAGCCUGAGUCCAGUUCUGCAAAUGCUGACAAUAAUUCAAAUGUUGAAGAUGAUGGCCCUUGGGGGACUAAAGCAACUAAAAAACAGAACUCUUCAUGGGGUAAUGCUGUGGCUAAUGAGGAAGCUGUUGGAGAUCAGUCUGCAUGGGGUGGUUCUGCAGCUGUACCCAAGAAUCAAACCGGUGGAUGGGGCAGCGGAGGUGGGAGCUCAGGCCAGUCGGAAGCUGAAGCAAGUGGCUGGAAUAAAGCUACCAACAUGGAUGGAUCUCAAACUGGAAGUUGGGGGGCUGUGAAAAAGGAUGGUGCAACAGCGUGGGGAAAAUCUGCAGAUCCCCUAGAGAGUAGUGCUGGUAUGGGAUCCGGAGAAAGUUCUUGGGGCAAACCUGCAGCACCAGAUAUGUGGGGCAGCAAAGAAGAUUCCAGUGGAAACAAGGCAGCCUGGAACAAUUCUAACGCUGCACCAGAGAGUCAAACUGGGGGAUGGGGUAGUAAUGCUGGAGGGUCAGACCCUUGGAAUAAACAGGAUGGGGGCGGAUCUUCUUGGAAUAAACAAGGUGGUGGAUCUUCUUGGGCUAGUAAGCAAUCUGAUGCGAAUACAGAAGAUGAGUUGAGGGAAGGGAAAUUUGACGGAGGUCGUGGUUCGGGUGGGGGAAGGGGAAGAGGAGGAGGUGGGAAUGCUUGCUUCAAGUGCGGGGAAACGGGCCAUAUGGCAAGGGAGUGUACUCAGGGUGGUGGAGGUGGGAGGGGAGGCAGUGGCAGUGGUGGGAAUGCGUGUUACAAGUGUGGCGAAACUGGGCAUAUGGCUAGAGAAUGCACUCAGGGAGGUGGUGGUGGGAAUGCUUGCUAUAAGUGUGGGGAAACGGGGCACAUGGCGAGGGAGUGCACUCAGGGAGGUGGAAGUGGUGGUGGAAAUGCUUGCUUUAAGUGUGGUGAAACAGGACAUAUGGCCAGGGAAUGCACUCAAGGUGGUGGAGGUGGGAAUGCUUGCUACAAGUGUGGCGAAACAGGACAUAUGGCCAGAGAAUGCACUCAAGGUGGUGGAGGUGGGAGGGGGGGAGGUGGUGGCGGAGGGAAUGGUUGCUUCAAGUGUGGGGAAACGGGACAUAUGGCCAGGGACUGCAGUCAGGGUGGCGGUGGAAGUGGGAGGUAUGGUGGUGGGGGAGGGAAUGCUUGCUUCAAGUGUGGGGAAACGGGACAUAUGGCUAGAGACUGCAGUCAGGGUGGUGGCGAUGGAGGUGGAGGCUGGAGGUCUAGUGGGGGAGCCGGUGAGGGAGGUUCAUUGGGAAAAGCUGCCGAAUCCAAGAAUCAGACUGGAGGAUGGGGUAUGGGUGGUUGGAACUCUGCCCAAUCCAGUGUUGAAACCAAAAGUCAAACUGGGGGAUGGGGUAAUGCAGGUGGUUCCAAGGCUGAACCCAAUAAUGAAAAAGGAGGAUGGGGUACUGGAGGUGGGACCUCAGUCCAAUCCAGUGUUGAAACCAAAAGUCAAACUGGGGGAUGGGGUACUGCAGGUGGUUCCAAGGCUGAACCCAAUAAUGAAAAAGGAGGAUGGGGUACUGGAGGUGGGACCUCAGUCCAAUCAGAUUCUGAACCCAAGAAUCAAACUGGAGGGUGGGCUAAAGCAAGUGGUUCUACUGCUGAAACUCAAAAUCAAACUGGGGGAUGGGGUAGUGCAGGUGGGAACCGCCAAUCAGAUGCUGAACCGAAGGGUCAAACUGGAGGAUGGAAUAAUGCAGGUGGUUCUAACGCCGAACCCAAGAAUAGAAGUGGGGGUUGGGGUAAUACAGGUGGUUCUAUAGCUGAAUCUCAAAAUCAAACUGGUGGGUGGGGCAAUACUGGUGUUUCUAAGGCAGAACCAAAGGUUCAAACUGGGGGAUGGUCUACAGGUGGGAGUUCGGCCCAGUUAGAUGCCGAACCUAUGAAUAAAUCUGGGCCAUGGGCUAAUGCUGGUGGUUCUAAGUCUGGGAAACCCAGUAAUCAAGCUGGUGGAUGGGGUACUGCAGGCAAAUCAGAAGCUGAACCCUUAAAUCAAACUGCAGGUUGGGGUAGCACAGGUGGGUCUAAAGCUGAAAAAUCCCAAACUGGAGGAUGGGGUACUGCAGGGAAAUCAGAAGCUGAACCCUUGAAUCAAACUGCGGGUUGGGGUGGCUCAGGUGGUUCCAAUGCUGAACCCAAGAAUCAAACUGGGGAAUGGGGCAUUUCAGGUGGGAAGUCAGGCCAAUCAGAAGCUGAGUUAAGUAGCUGGGGAAAAACCAAAAAGGAAGGGGCAAUAAGUUGGGGAAAUUCCAUGGAUACCCAGGAGAGUACUCCUGUUAUGGGAUCCGGAGAAAAUUCCUGGGGCAAACCAGCAAGCGGAAGCAAAUCAGUGUGGAAUAGUUCUACCUCUUCUGCACCAGAGAGUAAAACUGGAGGAUGGGGUAGUGAUGCUGGAGCAGCUUCAUUGAGUAAGCAGGAUGGGGGAGGAUCUUCGUGGAGCAAACAAGGUGGUGGAUCUUCUUGGGGAAAUCAGACAGGAGGAUCUUCUUGGAGCAAUGCAGAGAAGAAAGAUCAAAAUGACAGCUGGGGUAAACCAUCUGGGGGGGAUCAAGGAUUUGGUGGUUCAGGUGGUGGAAGGGGGAGAGGUGGCGGCGGGAAUGCGUGCUACAAGUGUGGGGAAACGGGGCAUAUGGCUAGGGAAUGCCCACAGGGCGGUGGCGGAGGGAGAGGUGGAGGCAGUGGUGGCGGUAAUGCUUGCUACAAGUGCGGGGAGGCGGGACAUAUGGCCAGGGACUGUAGCCAGGGUGGCAGCGGAGGAGGUGGGAGGUAUGGUAGUGGAGGUGGUGGGAAUUCUUGCUACAAGUGUGGGGAAACGGGACAUAUGGCUAGGGAAUGCCCUCAGGGUGGCGGCGGCGGCGGGAGAGGUGGGGCUGGUGGUGGCAAUGCUUGCUUCAAAUGUGGGGAGACGGGACAUAUGGCCAGGGAAUGCCCUCAGGGUGGUGGAGGUGGGAGGGGUGGUGGCGGAGGAGGUGGUUGCUACAAAUGUGGCGAGCAAGGGCAUUUCGCUCGAGAAUGCCCCAACUCUUCCCGUUGACAUGGAUAGGAAAAAUGAGGCGAAAUGCGCAUCUUUUCAUUAUUCUGCCCUCUUCUGUGUCUAGUUUCUAUUACUCUCUCUGUUUAUGUUUAAGAACCAUAUGAGAUUUUGUGGGACGUUAGACAUGGUCAUCUUCUCUUUUUCUUUUUUUCUGGAAUUGUAGUUAUCAACUCCUUGUUCUAGUUGACUCAGAUGUUUAUGCUGGGUGGUUGUUAUCCUUCUACUUCGUUCUGUGCUUUGUGAAAAUUGGUGUUUAUAAUUAUGAGAAGACAAGGGGUUUUUAGCUUGCUGU